AUGAAUUUCAAAUUACUACAACUUGUCUUUUUGACAAGUAUUUUCAUGAGUUUCUACUCAAAAUUUGCACAUGCCAACUCUGAUGAAGGUACAGAUGAAGAUAUUCCAUCAAUUGAAGUUGUCGGUAACAAAUUUUUCUACAAAAACAACGGUACUCAAUUCUAUAUGAAAGGUAUUGCUUACCAACAAGACACUGCAAAUUCAUCAGAUUCCUCAUUCAUUGAUCCAUUAGCUGAUGCUGACGCUUGUAAAAGAGAUUUACCAUACUUGUUAGAAUUAUCCACAAAUGUUUUAAGAGUUUACGCUGUUAACACUUCAGUUGAUCAUCAUGAAUGUUUAGAUUUAUUUGCUUCACAUGGUAUUUACAUUAUUGCUGAUUUAUCAGAACCAUCAACUUCUAUUAACAGAGAUUCUCCAUCAUGGGAUUUAGAAUUAUACAAACGUUACACUGAUGUUGUUGAUGCUUUAAACAACUACACCAAUGUCUUAGGUUUCUUUGCUGGUAAUGAAGUUACAAACAAUGCCACAAACUCUGAUUCUGCUGCAUUCGUUAAAGCUGCUGUUAGAGAUGUUAAAGCUUACAUUAAAGACCAAGGUUACAGAGAUAUCCCAGUUGGUUACUCCACUAAUGAUGAUUCUGAUACCAGAGUUGCCAUUGCUGAUUACUUUGCUUGUGGUGACGAUGAUGUUAAAGCUGAUUUCUACGGUAUUAACAUGUAUGAAUGGUGUGGUAAUUCAACUUUUGAAAAAUCUGGUUAUGAAGCAAGAACUGAAGAAUUCAAAAACUUAUCAAUCCCAUUAUUCUUUUCAGAAUACGGUUGUAAUGAAGUUAAACCAAGAGAAUUCACUGAUGUUGGUACCAUUUACUCUGAUAAAAUGACUGAUGUCUGGUCUGGUGGUAUUGUUUACAUGUAUUUCCAAGAAGACAAUGAUUAUGGUUUAGUUAAAGUUUCUGGUGAUUCUGUUAAAACUUUAGAUGAUUUCAACUACUUGAGUAAAGAAUUAGCCAACAUUUCACCAACCUCAGCUAAAUCUUCAGAUGUCUCAGCAACUACUAUUUCAUGUCCAUCUCAAGCUGCUUCAUGGAAAGCUUCAACUGACUUACCACCAACCCCAGAAGAAUCUGUUUGUGAAUGUUUAUCUGAUUCAUUAUCUUGUGUUGUCUCCGAUGAUGUUGCCAAGAAAGAAUAUGGUGAUUUAUAUGGUUCAGUUUGUGGUGAAAUUGAUUGUUCAGGUAUUCAAGCCAAUGCUUCAAAAGGUGAAUACGGUACAUACUCAUACUGUGAUGAUAAAACCAAAUUAUCAUUCUUAUUGAAUGAAUAUUACCAACAAAAUGGUAAAAAAGAAUCUGCUUGUUCAUUCGAUGGUUCAGCUUCAUUGAACUCUGGUGCUUCAACUGCUUCAUCUUGUUCAAGUGUCUUAAGUGCUGCUUCAAACUCACAAUCAGUCUCUGGCUCAUCUGGUUCUGGUUCAUCUGGUUCAUCUGGUUCUGGUUCAAGCUCAAGUGGAGGUUCAUCAUCAUCAUCAAGUUCAAGCUCAAGUGGUUCAUCCAGUGGUCACAUUGUUAGACCAUCUGUUGAUUCUGCUCAAUUGUUCUUUAUGACUACUGCUUUAACUUUCUUCUUUGGUGGUUUAGGUUUUGUUAUGUUAUAG